GGAAUGACCUCCACCCACCUGUCCGCUGGAGAUAUCGCAAUCUCCGUGAUCCCCUUCGAAAUCCUCUGACCUCACCACUGGCUCUGUGCUCGCUCAAUCAAGCCUCAACUUUCCUUCAUCACCAUGGCCGCCACAUCAUCAGUCGAGGAGACUCUCACGGCCGCCAUUGCCCAGCUCGAGUCCGAAGCUACGCUCAAGAAGUCCAUCCGCGAGGCUGCUGAACCGGUGGAGGACAUUGUGCGCCAGGCCACCGCGGAGUUGAACCGCUUGCAUUCGUCUGCCGCCUCACAGCACGAGGCCAUCGCUACCAAAGCACUCGAGACCAUCGCUGGCGCGCACUCGCACUGGGUCAACAUCGCCGCCCUCAUCCCGAAGGGUGAGUUCUACCGCUACCAAUUUGCCGUCGCACCCAUGUUCCGCAGCCUCGUGACAAGUAUCGCACUCGCGCGCUUCGUGCUUCGCGACGAGCUCGUGCCCAAGUUCACCGCCGCCACACUCAUGGGCCUCCAGGGCGAGACCGUUGGCGAGCUCGAGGUUACUUCAGACGACUACCUUCAAGGCGUUAUCGGCAUGGUUAACGAGCUGCCGCGCUUGUCUGUCAACUCGGUCACUGCGCAGAACUUUGCGCUCCCUAGCCGCAUUGCUGCUUUCGUCAACGAUAUCUUUGCCAGCUACUCCAUGCUCAACCUCCGCAACGACCAGCUGCGCCGCAAGUUUGACUCGCUCAAGUACGACCUGAAGCGCUGCGAGGACGUCGUGUACGACCUCACACUGCGUGGCCUUGCUCCCGCUCCCUCGGCAUAGACAGAUGUGCACCUCGGCUUGGAUAUUAUGCAUUGGACGUGUACGCGUAUAGAUGUAUGUAAACAAAGCACACAUUUGGUUCCGCUGCCACUUUGCGGGGAUACAGAAUUGUAAUGGGUGGCGUGUAUAGAUUGUGCUUUG